CCUCCCACCGCCGUCAUGUCUAAGUCAGAGUCUUCCAAAGAGCCUGAACAGCUGCGGAAGCUUUUCAUCGGAGGUUUGAGCUUUGAAACAACCGAUAAGAGUCUGAGGAGCCAUUCUGAGCAAUGGGGAACGCUUACGGACUGUGUGGUAAUGAGAGAUCCGAACACCAAGCACUCCAGAGGUUUUGGCUUUGUCACCUAUGCCACUGUGGAGGAGGUGGAUGCAGCCAUGAAUGCAAGGCCACACAAGGUGGAUGGAAGAGUUGUAGAACCAAAGAGGGCUGUCUCUAGAGAAGAUUCUCAAAGACCUGGUGCCCACUUAACUGUGAAAAAGAUUUUUGUCGGUGGCAUUAAAGAAGACACUGAAGAACAUCAUCUAAGAGAUUAUUUUGAACAGUAUGGGAAAAUUGAAGUGAUUGAAAUCAUGACUGACAGAGGCAGUGGCAAAAAGAGAGGCUUUGCUUUUGUAACAUUUGACGACCAUGACUCUGUAGACAAGAUUGUCAUUCAAAAAUACCAUACUGUGAACGGCCACAACUGUGAAGUAAGGAAGGCUCUAUCUAAACAAGAGAUGGCCAGUGCUUCUUCCAGCCAAAGAGGUCGAAGUGGUUCUGGAAACUUCGGUGGUGGUCGUGGAGGUGGUUUUGGUGGGAAUGACAACUUUGGUCGUGGAGGAAACUUCAGUGGGCGUGGUGGCUUUGGUGGCAGUUGAGGUGGUGGUGGAUAUGGUGGCAGUGGGGAUGGCUAUAA